AUGUAAGUACAGUUUGCAAUACAAGUCCAUAUUCUUUAUCAAGAACAUACUUAAACUUGUUUAUUUUCCUUUUACUGAUGAUACAACUGAAAACACAAGGCAAUAUGAAAGAAGAAUGGACUUGUUCUCUGUUUUUUAAUCAUGCUUUUAAUCCUCCAUAUGGCCUUUUCAAGAAACUAGGCAUCCGUGGACCCAAACCUAUGCCCUUUAUUGGGACCUUUUUGGGGUACAAAAAUGGCAUUCACAAUUUCGACACAUAAUGCUAUCAGAAAUAUGGAAAGAUGUGGGGGUUGUACGAUGGCAGGCAGCCAAUAAUCGCUACGAUGGACACAGCUAUGAUCAAAGCAGUCUUGGUUAAGGAGUGUUAUUCUGUCUUCACUAACAGACGGGUAAGGAGCAAAGCACCCUGUUCCCAGUGA